AAGCUCCUUGCGUCCGCCUACCCAUGGGGCGGAGCUAUAGCACAUACUGAACAGUCGGAGACAGAUCUGGCCACAUCUCGAGUCGUUAUCCAGCACAUUCAGACAGAAUGCCUGCCCUCCGACUUACCGUGUUUAUCCUCCUUUUCUGUGGGACCUGUGGUUUCUCAAGGUCCCUUUUCAGUCUGUUUAACCACUGCAACCCUCCUGAAAUGCUAGUGGGGAAAUUCUGUGCUGCUUUGUUGGACAAUGACCUCAACGGUAACGGCAUAGUGGACGGCAGUGACAUCGCCACAGAUACCAUGCUUUACAACUACGACGAAGACUUGUGUGUCACAAACAAGUGGGAGGUCGUGACAAGGUGGUCGUGUCGGUACGGCUUCUCCGAACAGUACGGAAGAUACAUGUACCAAUUCUUUGACAUCAACGGGGAUGGCCUUGCUACGGCAGCUGACUUGGGUUCAGUCAAUAUUAGCGAUGCCUACUUCUUAAAGGUCCAAUACACGCGUUUCAAGAACACCUACUGCGGUGACCCUAAGAACAGGGUGACCCCCCUUGACAAACUCCAGUGUGACGAGGUGGACAAACUGAAGCCAGAGGACAUCAAGUGUACAUAAGAAGAAUCAGAUUCUACGUUCACCUGUGAUGUAAAAACGGCAUUAAAACUGUUGGUAAUA